GUAUUGAAAAUGAGAUGAGAAAAGAUGAAAGUUAACCAAUGAGUUCCGCAUUCUUUUCAGAGCGCAUCUUGUAUAACGCGGAAUACUUAUCGUUUUGAAAGUAGAUACUUACUAUCUAUAGUGAGAGUGUUGUCAAGUUUAUGUUAUUUCCUCUCUACAGUAUCCUGCAAUCGAUGACAUGAUACUUUCGCGCCAAAUUUGUCAAAUAUUCUUCGUCAACAAUACAAAGGUGGUGUGAUAUUUGACUUGUGAUAUUGUAGUUUUAAAAUAGCAUGAUUAUUUUUAAUUAGAAAAUAUUCAAUGUUUUAAUAAAGAGCAAUGUAAAUAGAAUACAAGUAUAAACUCUUGAUAGGCCAAAUAUUUGUUUGUGAAAAUGAAUAAAAUUGAUGAUCUUAAUGAUACGAAAACUAACAAUGAGCCUAAUACAGAAAAUAUAUGCCUUGAAAUUGAAUCUAGCAAAGAGGUAGAUGAUUGCCUAAAAAUCGGGCUUAACAAACCUAUUGAGAUUAACAACGAUUGUAUUAGUAAUGUCACAGAUGUAUUUAAUAAAACUGUGCAAGAAACAAAUAAAGAAUCUAUACAGGAGAGCGAAGAAUUUCAGGUUGCUAAAAGUUUGAAAAAACUUUCAAGAAUAAUAGACAGUGACUCUGAAGAUGAUAGUAUUUUUAUAUCAAAGACUGAAAGAGAAAACGACGUUAACAAAUUUUCUAAUCAACAUACAUAUAAGAAAAAUAUUGUAAGAUGUCUUGAUAGUGAUACUGAUGAUGAAACAUUUGUAGUUCAAAAGAAUGAUAAUGCAAACAAAAUUUCAAAUGAAGGAAAGGUACAAAAUGGAUUUCGAUCUUUGAUAGAUUCAGAAUCAGAAGAAGAUGAUGAAAUGCAGUCGAGUCCUGUGAAAAAUGAAGAUUAUAAACAACAAAAGGAACACAUUGAACCUGUGAAAAGAAAAGUUUCUUUAAGAGCUAGUAAAGAAGAAGCCAUGAAACAAAUUCAUAGUGAAACUCAACGUUUAAUAAGAGAAACAGAAAUUUCUCUUCCUUACCAUAAGCCAAAACAAAGAACAUUACAAGAAUUUUUGAAUAGAAAAAAAGUAUUGUCAGUUCUUCCAAAAGCUUCUUCAAUGGCAGCUAAAUUAAAAAUGUCCUCUGCUAUUGUUGACAAAGUACUGAAAGAAAAAGAGAAAGAAGCUGAAAUAUUUUAUAAGUCUUCUGAUUCAGAAGAGGAAGCAAUAGAAAAUCAUUCAGAGGUGGAUAAGGAAAAUGCUAUUACAGAAUAUACAGAAAAUUUUAAAAAGGUUCCAGAAACAUUGUUGAUUCAUGAUAAUUUAUCCGUGGAUAAUAAAGAAAAUAAUAUAAGCAUGACGCAUAAAGUAAAUGAAAAUGUUAUGGAAACAAAUGGGACUAACAGUAAUUUAGCAAUAGAAGUUGAUACAAUGCAAGUAGACAAUACAAAUGAUUUAGAAAUAUUAAAAAGUAAUUGUAAUACUAUUGGUACUGAAAAUGAAAAUGAAAAUAUAUCUAAAAGUAUAAAAACAGUUGAAACAUCUCAUAAACAAGAUAAAGAUAAUACAUUGCAACAGAAGCUCAUUGAAAAUAAAAAUCGAGAUAAUAUUUUACAAACUGUGAGUGAUUCCUUGAAAACGUCAAAUUCGAAUACUACUGAUGAUUAUGCAAAAAUGGUAAAACAAUCAUUAGGAAUAACAGCAGAAGAGGUAGAUGAAUAUAAUGAAUAUGGAUUACCACCACCUAAGUUUGAUAUCUCUCCAAACAUUAAUAAAAAGAAAACGUUAUUCGAUAUACAAAGUUUAAAACCAAAAUUAAGAGGUUUGCCAGGUACAGUGAUUGAUUUAUCAGAUGAUGUUAAGCCAAACAAGAAAGGAAUAAAUGCUUUUAUAGAUCGAUUUGUACACAGGCAUUCUAAAAUGAAAGAUGAAGUCGAUGAUACACAAAUAAUAGAAUCUCCGGAUGGAGUGUCAACUAAAACUAAAGAAACGAUUUCACACAAACCUCUGAAUUUCAAAAAACCUGGAUUAAAGCUGUUACGCUUAAAACAAGAGUUAAAGGAAAAAAUGGCAUUGAAACGCGAGGAAGAGUGGAAAGAAAAAGAGCAAGAGAUGAAAGAGCAGGAAAUAGAAUGGAAUGAAACAGUGAAAGAGGAUGAUAACUUUAGUAAAGUAUACUCGCCAGAUAUUGUGACGUAUGAAAGCGAAGAGGAUGAAUUAGAAGAGAACGAUAUAAUUGAGAAGAAAGAAAAGAAGACGCGUAAAUGUGCUUUUGUGGAUGAUGAAGCGGAUGUUACCGAUGACGAAAUAAACGAUGAAGAUGAAAUUAUAGACGACGAUGAGGAAGAAAAUGUAGAAAAAGAUGAGGAAGAAUGCGAAAGGUUAAUUUUAGAGGACGAUGAGAGCAGUACCUGUGAUAGUGCUGAUAUACAACGUAAACCGUUUAAACGAAUUAUAGAACCUAUAGAAGAUGAUUCAAGAUCUUGUGAUACCUUGAACAAUGAUGACAUUGCGAAUAAGGAGAAGAAUAUAUGUUCAAACGUAAGCAACGGUACAAGCAGACAUGUUUCAGACAUGUUUUGUGAAAGUGUAAGCGAAAAUGAAAGAUGCAGUGAUAACGAACAAGACAUUCCAGUCUCUCAAGCACACGUUGAAAGUGAUCUAGAACGUAAACCAUAUCAAACACCAUUAACCAAAACUAAUAAUUUUAGUUUUGUUUCUCCCAUAACGCAAUUAACGGCAUUAAACACUCGCUUAGAAGAAAAAGAAAUGGUUCCAACUGAACGGGAAUUUUUAGUAGAUGAGUCUGGUCCCAUUUUGAUGGAAAGUCCGCAAAUUGAGUUAUCACAGGAAAUGCAUAAUUCUAAAAGUCGACCGCCGAUGCACAAGAAGUUACUUUUUACUGAUCAAAACGAUGCAACAGAGGAAGAUCUUAUAGAACUUUGUUCCGGUAAAUUUACAACCAAUAAAACUGACCUAGAUCUUUCGAAAUCAUCAGAUAUAACUGAAUCACAACUACUAGAAUUAUGCUCGGGAACCUUUGGUACACGAACAAAUAAUACUGAAAGUUCAAUGAAAGACUUUCCAUCCAAGGAACUACAAGAAACGUCGAUAAAAGGCUCGAUAACAUCUGAGAGCAACGCCAACUAUGAACGAUCGAAGAGAAACGAUGAGUUUAAAGAAAAUUCAGAUGUUUUGCAUUUCGCCGAAAAGGAAGAUGAAGAUCUGAUAGAGCGAGAAGUUAAUAGUCGAUCAAAGAGAAAGGUGAAGAAGUUAGAGUUGUCUGAUGACGAGGAAGAAAAUAAUUGUUCAAUGUCUAAUGAUGAUGAUGAACAAAACGAAAGCGAUGAUGAAAAUGAAGGUGAUCAAGAAAAAUUUAUAGAUUAUGAUUCGGAGGAGAAUGAAGUAGUUGUACCAAGAAAAAACAUAAAACAAUAUGCAGCCACGUUUUUGGAAAAUGAAGCUGAACUUAGCGAGAGCGACUGUGAUGUAUCUGCAGACGAAGAUGAAAAAGAUAUGGAUAAAUUGGAAGUCGAAGAAGGGGACGACGAAGAAAUUGACGAGGCACAAAUGAAAAAUCAAUUGGAUAGACUUCAUAUGAGACAGAUACUAGACGAGGAUCAGAAAGAAGUACGGUUACUAAAGGAAUUAUUAUUCGAGGAAGGAGACUUGUACAGCGAAAGCGGUCGAGAACGAAAAUUCAAGUGGAAAAACAUAAAUAAACAAGAUGAUAAUGAUCAGUUUCAACCGUCGGAAGACAAAGAUGGUUGGGUCGAUUUAUCGGAUGAGGAAGAUGAAGCAAAAUGGCGUCAAAUAAGACACGAAAGAGAAAAAUUUCUGGCAGAAAAAAUGGUGAAUAUAGAUACUGAAAUCGAGAAUGAUUUAAAUGAUAGUCAAAUAUUUAAAUUUGGGAUGAAGAUUCUAAAGAAAAGGCGUAUUAAUGAAAGUCAAGUAGAAAACACAAUGCUAGAUUCGACUGAUUCCAAAAUGGAACCAAGGAUAUCUCAUACUAUAGCGGAAAUGUUGAAUAGUACAGGUUCAGAAGGAAAAUCAUGCGUGAUUCGUAAUGCCAUACAAAAACAUUCAAUUCUUGCGAAGGGAGAAAAGUCAUUAGCGCGUUUUGCUGCUUUAACAAAACAAAAGGAUGUGUCGUUACCAUCGAUAAAUGCAAAAAAUUUUGUUUUUACUCGCGUUGAUUCGUUGGUAGAAAACGUAAGUGAAGAUCCCGUUUUAAAAACGAAGAACCAACGCUACAAAGCUAAACGAAAAACUUGACAUAUGCAUGUGUUUGAUAUAUGUCUAUACGUGUCAUGUAUAUAUAUAUAUGUACAUUAUAUUAUAUUACACAAACUUGCGCACGUGCAAGUACACAUGCCCACAGAUACAAUUUUUCAUACUUAAAUACAUUGUUGUACAAAGAAACAUGGCUUGUAAAUGUUAAAUACUUGAUUCGUAAAUCUGUGAAUUUAAUAAACAUAAGUAUACUGUAAACAAAAUGUUUUGAAAAAUAAAAUGU